UUGUUCCUCCUUUUGGAGUGUGCGGAACUUCUUCUCCCAGUUCCCUGCGGAGCGAAAAGCGGAGGAAGAAGACAUCGAGGAGGUGAAAUAAGGAGUUCGGUGAACCGUCGCAGACACGAAGCGAGCCUUAGUUUUCUCCACCAUGAUCCUCUGAGCUCCUCCGUCCGGCUCCGACAACUAUCUCACGAACCUGCCGGACUGGACUCCGAGAAAAACGGAUCCGACCGGAGAGAAGCUCGCCGCUGUUGUGGAUCCGGAGGGAACCCGCGGACAGAGAUGUAGCGUGUGUGUUGGUGUGAUCGGCGGACCAUCAUGCACCUCUUCCUGCUGCUGAUCCUUCAAGCCGCAGCAGCCUUCGGACAGAUCGACCCCGCACAUUGUCGCUAUGCCUUGGGCAUGGAGGACGGACGAAUCAAAGACGACGACAUCACAGCAUCCAGCCGAUGGUAUGAGACCACAGGACCACAGUACGCCAGGCUGAAUCGUGAGGAGGGAGACGGCGCCUGGUGUCCCGAGGGACAGCUGGAGCCUUCAGACAGUCAGUACCUGCAGGUGGACCUGGGCAGGUUGACCUUCCUGACGGUGGUCGGGACUCAGGGACGAUACGCCAGAAACUCCGGGAACGAGUUCGCCCGGGCGUACCGCCUCAACUACAGCCGGGACGGUCUACUGUGGAAGUCCUGGAGGAACCGGCUGGGGAACACGGUGAUAGAGGGCAACAAAAACGCCUACGCCUCCGUCAUCAACGACCUUCACCCGCCAGUCAUCGCCCGCUACAUCCGUCUGAUCCCGGUCACCAAGCUGUCGACCACUGUCUGCAUGAGAGUGGAGCUGUACGGCUGUCCGUGGGAUGACGGUCUGAUCUCCUACAGCGCUCCGGAGGGUCAGCUCAUGAUGCCGCCAGGUUAUCCCAUCGCCAGCCUCAACGACUCCACGUAUGACGGCGUGCACGAGAGGAGGAAGCUGUUUGGCGGGCUGGGUCAGCUGACGGACGGUGUGAUUGGCCUGGACGACUUUCUGCUGACGCGUCAGUACCACGUGUGGCCGGGCUACGACUACCUGGGCUGGAGGAACGACUCGCUGGGAACUCAGGGACACGUGGAGAUGGAGUUUGUGUUCGACAGGCAGAGGAACUUCACCUCCAUGAAGGUUCACAGCAACAACAUGUUCUCCCGCGGCGUGAAGAUCUUCUCCUCCGUGUCCUGUACGUUUAAGCCCCGCCUCAUCGCCGGCUGGGAGGCGGAGCCUGUGGCGUUCAAGACGGUGCUGGACGACAGGAACCCCAGCGCCCGCUACGUCACCGUGCCGCUGAACCGCCGCGCCGCCAAGUCGAUCCGCUGCCGCUUCUACUUCGCCGACGUCUGGAUGAUGUUCAGUGAGAUCUCCUUUCAGUCGGAGGACACCAUACUCCCGACCCAGAUGACCCUGGAUGAGACUUCCACUCCGGCCAUUGAGGAGAGCACCGUGACAACCAUACCAAAGACAUCGGCUGAUCCAUCAGCCAGUGGUCCACCAGACGACGGGAACACGCCCAUUCUGAUCGGCUGCCUGGUGACCAUCAUCCUGCUGUUAGUCAUCAUCAUCUUCCUCAUCCUCUGGUGCCAGUACGUCUGCAAGGUGCUGGAGAAGGCUCCACGCCGGAUCCUCGACGAGGAGGUGACGGUUCGUCUGUCGUCCUGCAGUGACACCAUCAUCCUACAGACCCCCCCCGUGCCCCCCCGCUCUGGACACGCCCCUGCAGGCCCUGCCAACACUGACCCUCACUAUGAGAGGGUUUUCCUGCUGGACCCCCAGUACCAGAACCCGGCGGCGCUGAGAAACAAGCUGCCAGAGCUGUCGCAGAGCGCCGAGGCCUCAGCGUGUGGAGGUGGGUACGCUGAGCCCGACGUUACCCAGUGCACACCGCACCAGUGUUUCCAUAGCAACGCACCGCACUACGCCGAGACGGACAUCGUGCGGCUGCAGGGCGUCACCGGCAGCAACAUGUACGCCGUCCCCGCCCUCACCGUGGACUCCCUCACCAGGAAGGACAUCUCCGCCGCCGAGUUCCCACGCCAUCGGCUGAUCUUCAGGGAGAAGCUGGGGGAGGGGCAGUUUGGAGAGGUCCACCUGUGUGAGGCUGAGGGACUCCCCGAAUUUCUUGGGGAGGGGUCGCCCCUCCCCGACAGAGACGGCCACUCGGUGCUGGUUGCCGUUAAACAGCUGAGGGCCGACGCCACCAGCCAAGCCAGGAACGACUUCCUGAAGGAAAUAAAGAUCAUGUCUCGGCUGAACGACCCCAACAUCAUCCGGCUGCUGUGCGUGUGCGUGUCGUCCGACCCGCUGUGCAUGGUGACCGAGUACAUGGAGAACGGAGACCUCAACAUGUUUCUGUCGCAGCGGGAGAUCGAGAGCACGCUGACACAUGCCAACAACAUCCCUUCAGUCAGUCUGUCCGACCUCCUCCACAUGUCGGUGCAGAUCUCGUCAGGGAUGAAGUACCUGGCGUCUCUGAACUUUGUGCACCGAGACCUGGCCACCAGGAACUGCCUUCUGGACCGCCGCCUCACCAUCAAGAUUGCCGACUUCGGGAUGAGCCGAAACCUUUACAGCAGCGACUACUACCGCAUCCAGGGCCGGGCGGUGCUGCCCAUACGAUGGAUGGCCUGGGAGAGCAUCCUGCUGGGCAAGUUCACCACGGCCAGUGACGUGUGGGCUUUUGGUGUCACCCUGUGGGAGAUCUUCACUCUGUGUAAGGAGCAGCCCUACAGCCUGCUAUCUGACGAACAGGUCAUAGAGAACACUGGCGAGUUCUUCAGGAACCAGGGCAGACAGAUUUUCCUGUACGCCCCUCCGCUCUGCCCGCCCUCUCUGUUCGAGCUGAUGAUGCGUUGUUGGAGUCGAGAUAUCCCCAACCGACCCUCCUUCGAGGGACUUUACCGAGCCCUGAGGCCCCACGUCAACCAGUGAGCCGAGGUCGCCGGGAUGUGCCAUUCUGCCUUUCCUUGGCAGUGAGUUUGUCCAUCUCUGGACUCCUGGAAGAUGACAGACUAACAUGAGAAGACAGACUGGUAUUGUGUUACAAGAGUGAGUCGCUGUCAGAGGGAAUGAGGAAACUGGCAGAGCUGUGGUCUCUUGGUGGUUGGUUUGCUUUGUGGGAAUAGCAGAACACUAUUCUGAGAGACAAGAUGGAGAUUGGAAGAGAAAAGGCUGGUCAACUCAGAGGAGAAACGUUUCGCAAGGUCCAAACCUUUCAGAUUUCGAAGCUUUCUAAAGAUUUCUGUCAAUGCCAGUUUCACGGUUUCAUCCAUCUCUUUAAAGCCUCUUCGACCAAAAUGUCUUGUCGGACCUUUUGACAUAUUUUCUUUUCAUGGUGUUAUGGUGCCAAAGGUGCCGUAAUCUGUGUUUUCUUCUUCCCUGGACAGACUCUUCAGUCUUGGUAGUUUCUCCUGUCCCUGUGGUUUUUAUUAUUAUUGUAAAGCACUGUGUCUGUGUCUCUCAGUUAUUCAUGUUCAUAUAUUAACCCACACUGGAGCUAGGGUUAGGGUCAAAUUGUAGUGUAGGAUUUUAUUUUUAGAUUUUUAAUCUAUUUUAUUUUUCUUGAUUUAUUGUAUUUCACUUGUUCUGGUCUUUUUUUGUGGAUAUGAUUGUUGUUCAGCUGAGGUUCACAUCACAGUGCCAAGAGGCUGUGUGGUUCACAGACAUAGAAUCGGACAGUGGGUAACUGUGGGUAGUUUGGGAAAGAACCGCAUUUGGAGGCACAUUGAAACCAAAUAAGAAAAAAGUUGUGCCAAAGAGAAACACAGUUUUUUAGUGUUAAAAUGAUAACAUUAUUACAAUAAAAUUGUAAAACUAAUCCACAGAAGUGACUCGGGGCAGACGAUUAAAGCAAUAACAACCAGUAACAUCUGCAAAUUUGGUGGAUGCUUUUAUUCAAAGUGCCAUACGUUUGUAGCAAGAGUGGUACCAGUGGGAAUUAAGCCAACAUUAACAACACUGGUACUGCAAUUGAGGAGGGUAUCAACCCUCAGAGUAUCUAAUGCAAAGAUCUCACGUCAGUGUAUCACUUUGCCUUUGCCUGUGUUUGUGGUUGGGCUUAAAAAUGUAUUUUAAGUGUGUAUAUGUCUAUGUUGGAGCCCGUAGACCUGUAGGUGUGUAUGCUUUGUCUCCAUCAGCCCUGUUCUGCCUUGAUGGAGUUAGUUGUGGUUUGGUUUGGUUUGGUUUGGGUUAGUUUGGGUUAAGAUCAGCCAGUAGAGCAAUAGAGCAUUGAGAUUUUGAACUUUGGAAUCAGUAGUUUCAUCACUCAUAAGACAACAGCUGGGGGGAAAAAAAAAGUUCAAAUUAAAAUUAAAGUGUUAUCCAAACAGAAACGGGGCCUUUGCAGCAACAAGAUGACCUGACUAAAUGCUGGCAAGUUGUUGUUUUGUAGUGAUACGUUAUUUGGCUUAGUUUUAAAGAUGAUGAAGACACUAUGGCCCCGUUUAGCUAGUUAGCUCACUAGCUAAAUAACUAGAUCUCCGGGGAUGAGGUUUACUUUAGUUUAAGGAUAUAUGCAAGCUAACUGCCUUCUAUGCUCGCUGUCUAAGUAACUAGCAAAGUACUUAGCAAGUAAGGUUAUGUUUAACAAAAGGUUUGGCUUCAUUACAAAAACUGUGGAGAUGCUGGUUAGCUUUCUGUGCUGCCAGCUGCAUAAUCGCUCAAUUUGUCUAGUGUUGUCUUGUCUUUGCCCAGUUUGACAGUGUUAUAGUUAGACUAGGUUGGGUGUGACUUUAAAGACGUGCUACAGCAGCAAAUCCGACCACAUCAAGGUAGAAUUUCGGCAAGCGGAGAUAAGGCAUAACGUGUACAUUUUGGGCCGUACGUAGCCAAACUACUGUGUUAGAAUGGGACUCUCGGAGCUGAGGGCCAGUGAGCCAAGGGACUGAGGAGCAGGGGUAGACAAACCUUGGACAGACGACGCCAUCGGACAAGUCCAAUCUCUCAUUGUAUUGACCGUACGGUCACUGCUGCACCUUUGCUAAUGCCCUAAAGGAGAUUCAUUUAAGAAAAUAUAGAUUCCUUUUUUGCCAUCAGAGGGCACAAAUAAUGACCUGUCGACAAGAUGUCUGAAAAGCAAGGCCUGUCUUGAAAUCUAUACUGAUUUUUACCGCAUAGCAAUUCAAAAGAGUCUUGUUUACAGAACUUAUGCUGGAUAGAUGCAGCACAGAACAAAAUGAAUACAGGGCUUUGGACUUUAUAGUGGCCACUCCUUGCAAUCUUAAGCAAACAUACAGAAAGGCAGAUACAGAGAAAGAGGUGAUGAUGAAGUCGACAAUGGUGAUGGUGGGUUUUCCAUAGUUGUACUGCAGCAUUGCUAGCCGUGACGUCAGGAUGAUUGGGACAUCGAGCUUCAAGCGGGUAAAACUAAAGGUGAUUGGUCAACAUUGUAACUUGGUCAACAUAUGUUCUUUCACUUGGAUUUCUAAUGGGUCGGUCACGACGACAUUCAAAACGUAAAAAGUUUCAUAAUGACCGUUUUAUCUCAAGGGAAUUUCUGCAAUCGGUGGAAAUUUGUGCUUUCAACCACUAACAAACUGUCUUGAUAGUGCCAACCUUUGAGGGAAUUCAGAUCCCAAAACAGGGAGCGCUGCCAUGGCUUGUCAGCUGUGUUGCACCAUCCACUUUAACCCUCCUUUGUCAGAGUAUAAACCGUUCCACAUCAGAGACGUGGUUUGCAGACACUUACGAGACAGGAGGGGCUGGUAAAAAUAUGUCUUUCAAAUAAACUGAACUCAUCAUGCUGUUAGUGAUGGAGCUAGUGUUAGCUAACUGCUAACCGACAGUUAAAGGGCUAGGUAGCUCUCCACGUUAGCAAGCCUGCUAAGUGACAGUCAUGCUGCGUUCACGUGAUGUCGGGGUUUACGUAAUUUCCCACUUGUAAGUGGUAAUUAUGUCGAAUUUUUCUUACAGCUCUAAUACAUCCGACUUUCCAUCAAAGUCCGUUGCUAAAGCUAAUUAAAUGCAGAAAUGUAGCUCUGCUUUUUUAACCCACACACAUCCAUCUCUAUGGUAAAACACCCGUCAACCAAGGUUAUUACACUUUGUUGGAAUUAAAACUCCUGUAAAGCAGCCGUUACUGGAGGUUCUUUGGCAAACAAUUUGCUUGCUAGGUAGUACGACGUGCUUUUGAAGAAAUGUAGCUAACAGUGUGUCUUUCUGUUCCGUUUUCUUAGUGUUUCUUGACUAAGACAGCUGGAGUCUCCGGUAGUGAGUGAGAAGCAGUAGCACAAGAGGUCAAGAGUUAUCUUAGGAUGUGAACGCUUGCGAUCUUUCCCUCCGACACGACGUGAAAAGCGGGAUUAGCAGGAUAGCUAACUUGGAGAGCUGGCGUGUUAGCAGUUAGUUCACUAACUACAGCAGUUCACCAGCUGGCCCCGCAAUGGCCCUCUAGUGCCGCCUGUGAGGUGUGAGCCAACACACAACACCUCCUGGUGUGAGCUAAGCUUAAGGCUGAAAUAAAUUCGUCGUCAGCGUUGCGAUUUAAUGGGUAAAUGUGGUAAAGCACGUUUGCGUUUCUUAAAAUGUCGUCAUUUUGUGUCCCAUUCUUUUCACGUUUAAGUCUCUCGGUCGAUGCCGGAGCGCACUGCGUGUGUGCAGUAUCCUGAAUCCUCCCGUGGAACAAAUUGUUCAAAUUGUAAAACGGCGCAAACCAAAAAUCAUCUUCACAGGAAAGAGGGAGGAAGACCAAAAAUGUUACGUUUGAGUGCAUCUUUCAGUGUUUUUGUUGUUACAGUAGCGUUUUGUUAUCUGUACUGUAUCUGAACACGUCUGUGAGUGCAUGAGCAUGUGUGUGUUUAGGAGAAAAUGACUUUUGUGAAUGAGUGUUUUUGACAUUCCUUUGAGCACUGGGAGCUAGUUGGGAUUAAAGUGGUCAACCAGAGUUGCUCUGCGGUGUCAAAUUAUGUGAUUAAAUGAGGGAGAGAGGAUUUUUUUUUUUUUCUGAAACAGGAGGAGAAAGUGCAGGAAGUAAGGAAACCACUAAACUCAAUCUCCCAGAGUCCUUUGCUACAGUGAGCCUGUGUAUUUUGUUCUGGUUGCAUAAGAGAGAGAGACGAGUCUUUGAGUUUGAUAGUGUACAGUAUAAGUGAUCUAUAAUAUCUCAGUGUGUGAAUGCAGAUUAGGUGUGUUAAUUGUUAUUGAUAAUUGAUUAUCUAUCAGAAUUUCUAGUAGCUAUUUCUCUGAUUAUUUCUAUUCUGGAAAGGUGUUGGGCUUUUUUUUCUUGUUUGCGACGGGAAUUCAGCAGUUUUGAAUAUUUCUAACAGAGAUGUCCUGUUUGUUUUCCUGCUGUCUGGUCUCCAGUUUCUCAUCCACACUGUUUGAUCGUCAGUGUUGUUUCAGACAUAUAUUGUACAUAGGCUAUUAGCUGUGUAUAUUAAUAUAUUGGGAGUUAGGAACUUUGCGUUCUGGCGUCCCAAGUCAUUUUCACUCUGUACCCUCUCAUGUCUCGGUUUGUUUUUCUUAUAAUAAACAGUCAAAUUUG